ACGUUUGAAUGAAAAGGUCAAGGCGACACCCUAGGCUGGCUCGGCUCGUUGUCAUUCAGUAGGAAGCUCCACGAUGACGGAACAGGCUGAACAACGACUGCAGCAGCUGCAGACAGUGUUACGAAAUGGUAGUGGAGGAUGCAACAUACAGACACAUGUGGCCUCAGAAUGCUGCAAGGGACCAGGUUAUGCCACGCCCCUGGAGGCUAUGAAAGGUCCCCGGGAGAGGCUCGUGUACAUCCCGUGCAUUAUUCCCGAGAAGGAUCGUCCCGACUACCUAUCUACAGUCGACGUGGAUCCUGAAUCGCCAACAUAUUGCCAGGUGAUCCACCGUCUAUAUAUGCCCUACGUUGCUGAUGAACUUCAUCACUCUGGUUGGAACGCUUGCUCCAGUUGCUAUGACGACAGCAGUAAAACACGGAACCGGAUGGUGCUCCCCUGCAUCAACAGUGACAGAGUCUACAUAGUAGACACAGGCACCGACCCGAGGAGGCCGUCAAUUCACAAGAUUGUGCAGCCCUCUGAGGUUCACUCCAAGACCGGUCUCGGCGCUCCCCACACAACCCAUUGUCUGGGGUCUGGGCACAUCAUGAUCAGCUGCAUUGGCAAUCAGAACGGAGACGGAAAUAGUGGGUUCUUUCUGUUGGACGGGACCGACUUCCGGGUCCUCGGCAAGUGGGAGAAUUCCCCCGCCCCCGACUACGGCUACGACUUCUGGUACCAGCCAAGACACAACGUAAUGCUCAGCUCUGAGUGGGGUGCUCCGAAUGCUUGGAGAACCGGAUUCAACCCCGAGCACGUGAAACAAGGUCUGUACGGUCACAGUAUUCACGUGUGGGACUGGACAACCCAUGAGCGUAUCCAGACACUUGACCUCGGAGAUGAGGGAAUGAUCCCCCUGGAGAUCAGGUUUCUCCACAACCCUGACACCACCGAGGGCUACGUGGGGUGCGCGCUCAGCUCAACAGUAUUCAGAUUCUUCAAACUUCCGAAUGGAAGAUGGGACAGCGAGAAGGUGAUCACUAUACCCAGCAAGACGGUGGAGGGAUUCGCGCUGCCACAGCUGCCUGGUCUGAUCACUGACAUCAUACUCUCCCUCGAUGACCGAUACAUCUACUUCAGCAACUGGCUCCACGGGGACAUCCGACAGUACGACAUCACCGACACAAGAAACCCUAAACUGGUCGGGCAGGUGUUUCUCGGCGGGAUGAUAUGCAAGGGUGGGGACAUUACUGUCACACACGACCCAGAAGGACAGGUAAGGGCAACCACAGUGGAGGGAGGACCGCAGAAACUUAGUCUAGUGGGAUUACCCCAAUAUGAUCAAAGUAGUAUGUAUAGCGACAAACAGUUCUACCCCAAUAUGAUCAAAGCGGGAACAAUGUUCCUGAUGAUUGACGUGGAUACAGUCAACGGAGGACUGAAACUGAACCCGGACUUUGCAGUCGACUACGGGCUGGAACCUGCAGGACCAGUAUUCGCCCACGAAAUUCGGUACCCAGGCGGGGACUGUACGUCCGAUAUCUGGCUGUAAUAUCGAAUCAGUUGAUCGUGAUAUUACAACAUGCGCUCCAACGGUCGAGAACCAGAUUCAUCAUUUUUCGUUAUUUACACAGACCUUCUUAUGUUCAUGUAUCUGUGAUACGUUGGGUUAUGUAAGCUUGAUUACGGUGCGAUCAUGGAACAAUGUUAUUCUAUUACCAGCUAAACACAAUGGAAGAUCCCUAAUCCUAACAAAAGCGUCUUCUAUAAGUCAAUACACAACUCAAUGCAUAAUAUGUACAUAUAUAUUAACAAUAUCACACAAAACGCACACGCACACUGUCACCACUUUUGUUUGGACAUGUAUAUUAUUGAUUACUUCAACUAGUGGUUUGUGAAUGGAAUUAUUCUUUGAAACAAGGACUAUACAUUGAGAGCUUUGUCGUACUUAAGGAUACACAUACCUUGAAACUGCCCAAAGAAAGUUUUGUGAAUCUUGGUAUCCAUAGCGCGGAAAAUGCACACAUGUAAAACAGUUUUCUCAUGCAGUGGCAGAAUAUAAUUGUCAAUAUAUAAUAGUUCAAUUGUUUUUACAUAUGUAUGACCUGACGAAAUUCAUAUGUCAUUUGCUUAUGCUUCCAUGUCGGAGUUUUAUGUCAAUAAAUUUAAAUACCAGA